GGACCAAGCACACCACCACGCUGACGCUGCAAGUACCACUCACGGAGCUGCUGAGGGGCGGGGACGGUGCGAGAGCGCUGCUGCUGCUGUGGCUGCUGCUGCGGCUGCUGCUGCUGCUGUUGCUGGCGCUGACCACCCCCAGAGCUGCUCCGCUGGGACGAGCCACUCCGACCCCCGCCUCCACCGCCACCCCCGCCUCCACCGCCACCCCCGUCUCCACCGCCACCUCCUCCACCAGGACCGUCGCUCCCACCGCUCCCACCGCCUCCUCCGCUACCACCUCCGCCGCCACCUCCGCCUCCACCGCCGCCACCAGUACCUCCACUCCCGCCACCACCCCCACCGCCACCCCCACUCCCCCCGCCACCCCCACCGCCUCCUCCACCGCCCCCUCUAGCUCCACCCGCUCCCUUGCCCCCUUGCCCUUGCCAGAGCGGCGUCUGCCGCUGGGGGCAGACGCCGCGCCGACCGACUCAAAACCAGUGAGGUCGGCCGCAGCGGCAGAGGCGACAGAGGGCAGCAGGGGGGAAGGACCACACCCCUCAAAGAUGGGG